UGUCUUGAACCCGGUGCUCCGUGGAGUGUGACAGUUCAAUCCGACUGGAGCUCCUCCUCCUGGAUUUCCUCCCCGCUGCUGCUGCUUGGCUACAUUGUAUCAGUUCCCACACGAAGAACUACCACGGCACUCGUCCAGAAACGGUGAAUACGGAGGAAUUAACCUGGAUGGGAAGCUAUCGGCUGUGGGAUUAAUUGCCAGAAGGUCGCGGCAGAAGACUGGGCUUGUGUCGGGCUUGAGACGGCACCGAUAAAAAAACAAAAAAAUGCCCUCAGGACUCGGGUUGUUUUCGAUGAGGACGGUACCUCGAAGUGUGAUGGCAGAAGUCCAGUGAAUCGCUGGCCUCCCCUCCUCUCUUGUGUUGGGUGUCUUGGGGAGUACGCUGCCACUGCUUUCUGGUGCUUCAGAUUUUUUUUUUUUUUUUUUUUUUGUAGAGGUUUUCUUAUACUUCACACUUAACUGUGAUAUUUUUUUUCAUGGAGUUCGCACCACCAUGGACAGACCAGGGUUUGGAAUAGGAGUGGCUAGCUAAGUCAGGUAAAAUGUGGUUAAAUGGAACUGGAACGAGUAGACCGUGAGGAUUCUCUAACCCUUGCCCCUGAGUCCCAACCGUCUGAGAGGGUGUCGGACCUCACUGAGGCAAUCCUGGGCCGUUGGCUCUAAAAUGUCCCUAAGUGGUGGCACUGCAGGCGGGAAAGGUGUGGACUCUAAUGCGGUGGACACUUACGAUAGCGGGGAUGAGUGGGAUAUCGGUGUUGGAAAUCUGAUUAUUGACCUAGACGCGGACUUAGAGAAGGACAAACUUGAGAUGUCGGGCACCAAGGACGGCAUGGCGGCACCACCCAGUGCAGUGGCAGCGUUGCCGGACAACAUCAGGUUUGUGAGUCCAGUGUCUGGCUCUCAAGGCAAGGAAAGCAAAUCCAAAUACAAGCGCAGCAAGAACUCUAAAGACAAUAGUAGCAAAGCUUCAGCUGGCGAUGGGGGCAAGAAAGAAACUCCAGGACGGACUCAAGCGGAGCCAACGGGCACAGCAGCGAGCGCAGGAGCCGCCGGCAACAAUUCCACCUCUGGGAAGAACAUUGAAAAGGGGGGCAAAGCCUCCAGAGGUGUUCUGAGUGGUAAGAAAGAGAAAGAAGGGGCUAGUGGGAAAGGUAAGAAGGACAAAACAGACGGAGCCCCAGUCGUGGCAAUCGCUGCUGCGGAGAAGGACGUUGUGUCUCAGGCCCAGGUUGCUUUGGGGAAUAGUCGCGCUGCGUCCUUUGAGAACACACAAUCAACAGACUUGGCAGAAGCCAAUCAAAUGGGGAAUAUUGCACUUGAACCUGUAGGGAUCGUACCAGCCUUGACCGCAAAAACUGAACCAGAGGAGGUGGAAAAUGGUAGUAGUGAAUGCAAGACGUUAAAGAAGGUGAAAAAUGAAAAGAUGGAAUCUCCUGUCUCCACGCCAGCUCCUCCCCCCCUCCACCUUCUGGCCACAGUGGGCAACAGUGAGAUUUCCUCGCCGUGUGAGCAGAUAAUGGUGCGCACGCGCUCCGUGGCCGUGAACACAUCUGAUGUGGCCCUGGCUACCGAACCGGAGUGCUUGGGGCCCUGCGAGCCCGGCACAAGUGUCAACCUCGAAGGCAUUGUGUGGCAGGAAACUGAAGACGGUAUGCUGGUGGUAAAUGUUACUUGGAGAAACAAGACAUACGUGGGCACCUUGUUGGACUGUACACGGCAUGACUGGGCUCCCCCCAGGUUUUGCGAAUCCCCUACAAGCGAUCUAGAGAUGAGAAAUGGCCGUGGUCGAGGCAAGCGAAUGAGACCGAACAGCAACACCCCUAUCACCGAGAACAGUAACUCCUCCGACAACAAGGGCACCAACAACAACAAGACGCGUGCUGCCUCUAACAGCAAGGGCCGACGGGGCAGCCAGACGCCAUCAGAGCGCCGUACCCCGCCUAACAACAACACCGAGGAUAUCAAGGCCAGUCCCUCCUCAGCUGGAAAACGCAAGACCAAACCAGCCUCGGACAUGGAACCCAAUUCCAGCUCCGAGGACACCAAAGGCAACAAACGUAUGCGUACAAAUUCCAACAGUGGAGGGGUGGGACCAACAGGUCUCCCUAUUCCUUCCAUUAAGACUGAGCCACUUCCCCCUCCCCUCGAUCGCAGCUGCCCCUCUCCAGUUCUUAUUGACUGCCCACACCCUAACUGCAACAAAAAGUACAAGCACAUCAAUGGUCUCAAGUACCACCAAGCCCGCGCUCACAAUGAUGAUGACAUCAAGUUGGAAAUGGAUGGAGAGAGUGAAUAUGGAGAGGACUCAACUCUCCACCCUGAACCAGGGAACUGUAAUGGAGCCUCUAUCUCUCAGAAAGGAUGUUUGUCUCCAGCACGUUCAAUUACUCCAAAAGGCAGGAACUUUGAUGCACAGAGUCCUUCACCAUCUCCUGGCAAGUUUGGUUCAAAGCAGAGUAAAAAGAAAAUUGCUGAGGCAGAUCCAGAGGUGGGAGGUACUCCGACAGACGGCUGUGAAGAUGGGCCAUGCCUUACUGAUGAGGCCAGUAAUGAUGGCAUAGAUGAUAAGAGAGGAUCAGACAAAUCUAAAAAGGCUGGCACAAAGGCUGAUAAAAUGCCCCAGAAAAACAUGAAGUCACCACGGUCCGUUGGCCCUGGCUCGAUAGCAUCCCAGCAGAUGUACCCUUUUCCUCCUGGAAACCCAAAUUGUUCCCCGGGGCUUACCCCAAUCAUACAAGGGAUUCCCAAGAGUCCCCAAAUGAAGGGCACACAGCCUAAACCCACUGUCAUUGGAGAGUCUGCCUCAAGUAGCUCCAAAGACAAGAAAAAGAAAGACAAGAAGAAAAAAGAUGGUGGGAAGGAGGCUGACAGCCCCAAGCCUCCGGGAAAGGGAGGGAAACAGGAGGACGGAAAGCUGACCUACUCUGAGCCUUCUGAUCAAGGCAACAAGGGGGAAGGACUCCUCAAUGGUUCCUCAGAUCCUCAUCAGAGUCGUUUGGCCAGUAUCAAGGCCGAGGCUGACAAAAUUUACAGCUUUUCUGACAAUGCCCCUAGCCCAUCCAUUGGUGUAGCCAGUCGGAUAGACGGCAGUGGGAUGCCACAGCCUCUCACGCCACUUCACGUAGUGAACCAGAAUGGCGCGGACAACUCCUCAGUCAAAACCAACAGCCCAGCCUAUUCAGACAUUUCAGAUGCUGGUGAGGAUGGUGAAGGGAAAAUAGAAGGCGUGAAAGUCAGGACAGAGGACCAAGGCAUCAGGGAAAGUGUCAAGAAAGCGCUCUUUCCAAACCAGACACCCAACAAAGAUUCCCCGUACUAUCCCGGCUACGAGACGUACUACUCGCCCAAUUACGUAAACCCCAGUCCUGGCGGGCCCAAUCCAGGAACGCCAGUGGCUGAAGGUCAGGUUAAGAUCAAAAGGGAAGAGGACCAGGAUCAAGUUGAGGAAAAAGUCAAGGUUGAGGUUCAUGAAGACCGCAAACCUGACAUCAUUCAGCAGCAACAGCAGCAGCAACCCUCAGUCAUCCAACAGCGAUCCAACAUGUACAUGCAACCUCUUUACUACAACCAGUAUGCUUAUGUCCCCCCGUAUGCAUACCAUCCCGAUCAAGCCUACCAUAACCACUUAAUGAACACCAACCCAGCCUACCGGCAACAGUACGAGGAGCGUCAGCGACAGAUGGCUUCUGAACAGCACCGCGCCGAGAAGAAGUCAGACAUCGCCCUAAAAGAACGAGAAGCCUCCAUGAAAGAGGAGUGGAAACAAAAGAGCCCGAUGCCGCCGAGCCUCUCCAAAGCCCCAAGUCAGUCGGACCUCGGAAAGACGCCGCAGCCCCCAAGCAAAUCCAGGGAGUCGCCCUCUGAGCCCUCCUCCAAAUCCCUUGGAAGCAUAAAGGGGGAGGACCCAAAGUCCCAGCAAGCGGAGGGCCUAAAGAUGAAGCUGACUGAAGGGGGCCACCAUGGAAAAGAAGACUCCAAGCAAGCACUGGAGUCCAGAGGUCAAGCAGGGAUGGAGCAGGCCAUGUGGUACAGACAGUACCCCGAGAGCCAGAAGCCUCAAGCAGAAGACGAACACCAGCAGCAACAACCUCGAUGGAAAGAUGAAAGGGACAGAGAACGGGAACGGGAUCGUAAAUUAAAGGAUGACAGGCCCCGGCCCAAGGACAGUCAAAGCGGGCCCAAGGAGGACGGCAAAGAGGGUAGUGAUCCCAGAAUCACUUCUGAGGACCACCGGGUCAUGAGCAAAGACUCUCGUUCUAAUCCACACAUGCAGUUCUCAUCGCCACUAGCACAGCACCAAGGCUACAUGCCCUACAUGCAUGGUUACCCCUAUGGACAAGGCUAUGACCCCAAUCACCCUGGAUACAGGGGCAUGCCCGCAGUUAUGAUGCCGAAUUACCCAGGUUCGUACCUUCCUGGAGGCUAUCCGUUUUCUCCAUAUGGUAAUAAAAUGGCCGGAGCUGAGGAAGGCGGUGACAAAUCCCGCGCUAGCCCCACUGUCACCAAAACGGCAGCGGACUCCAAAGCCCUGGAUAUCCUGCAUCAGCACGCCAGCCAAUACAAGAGUAAAUCCCCCACAGUGGGUGACAAGCCACCUCAUGAGAGGGAAAGGGAGCAGGACAGAGGAGCUGGCGGAGACAGAGAUCGGGAAAGGGAGCGGGAGCGUGAGAGGGAAAGAGAAAGAGACAUGGACCGACCACGCUCCUCACCCUCCCAGCGCAUCAUGCCCUCGCACCACCACCUGGGAUACCCCCUGCUCUCAGGGCAAUACGACCUGUCCUACGCCACAGGUCUCUCCUCAUCAGCUAUUGUUGCCAGCCAACAAGCAGCAACCCCCUCCCUCUACCCGCCACCACGGAGGUGAGAACGGGAAACCUGACCGUCACACCUCAACCCUGCAAAGAUUCAUGUGACUGGCUCACAUGAGAAGAAAGUCUCCCGGGCGUUACCUUUUUUUAACACAUCAGUUGAAUGGUGUUUCAAUCUAUAUUUUUUAGUUCGUCUGCCACGAGGGUAGGCAGAUUGUCGUUGAGUUUUUUUUUUUUUUUUUUUUUUUUUUUUUCUCCCCCUCUCGUAGAUGACCCCAAAUUAGUCCUCGGACUGGAACAGAACUGAUAAUAAGCCAGGUUCAAAGCCAUCGCUCGGCCUCACCACGCAGAGCUAACACCAACCCGCUGAUCAUCUAGUCUUUGCACUGUCAACAAAUACAAUGCAAAAAGAGACUAUUGGACUGCCAGAACAGCUUUUUUGUUGUUGUUGUUCUUUUCUUUCUUUGACUGCAUUGUUGUUGUUGUUGUUGUUGUUUUUUUGGUC